AUGUCGAACAAGGUCCCUGUCGUUGAAAACAAGCGCCUGUCCAUCGUCGUAGAUGAUGCCGGACCACCCACUGAUCGGGACUCGCAUGUCUCGACUUCUUCAACCACCUCGGCAAACGGAAAACCCAAGAGAAAAACUCACGUUGGCCCUUGGCAGUUGGGCAAAACCCUGGGAAAAGGGGCAACUGGAAGAGUACGCCUUGCAAAGCAUGCUUUGACUCAUCAGACUGCAGCCGUCAAGAUCGUCUCCAAGAAGUCUGCUGCACUGGUUCAAAGUGCUAGUAUGGCUCGAAUGGACCGUGAGAACAAUUCUGCUGCCGUUGCUGCCGGCCUACGAACUAUGCCUUUCGGAAUCGAGCGUGAGGUCGUGAUCAUGAAGCUGAUCGAGCACCCCAAUAUCAUCAAUCUCUACGAUAUAUGGGAGAAUCGUGGUGAACUCUAUUUGGUUCUCGAGUAUGUCCAAGGCGGUGAGCUUUUUGACUAUGUCUCGAGUAACGGCGCCCUUCCAGAAGGGGAAGCCGUUCGACUAUAUCGCCAGAUGAUUGCUGGUUUGUCGUAUUGCCAUCGCUUCAAUAUUUGCCACCGCGAUUUGAAACCUGAAAACUUACUCCUGGACAGCCAUCGAAACAUCAAGCUGGCCGACUUUGGAAUGGCCGCUCUUCAACCAGAUGGAAAGUGGCUUAACACAUCGUGCGGAAGCCCACACUAUGCUGCCCCAGAAGUCGUUAAUGGACAACAAUAUCGUGGCGACAAGGCCGAUAUCUGGAGUACAGGCAUUAUCUUGUUUGCCAUGCUCAAUGGCUUUCUUCCUUUUGAUGGUGGAAGCCUGGGCAAAACCCUCCAGAUGGUGAAGAAGGGCGAUUACUACCUCCCCCCCACGCUGAGUGUAGAAGCCUCCGACCUCAUCCAACGCAUUCUUCAGAAGCGCCCGGAGAAGAGGAUAUCAAUGGACGAUAUAUGGACACACCCAUUGAUCCGCAAAUACGAGAAAUAUCAUGCAAGCUUAUCCGCCCCGGAACCACUCAUUGUCGCAGCACCACCGGUAGAGAUACAAGCGCAGUCAAAGCGUGUUUGUGCACGGUCUGAAAUUGAUGCCGAAGUCCUGCGCAAUCUCUCAACUUUAUGGCAUGGUGAGAAGGAAGACGAAUUAGUCCGUCGACUCAUGAGUGACGAGCCAAAUCAUGAGAAGCUCUUCUAUUGGGCCUUGAUCAAGUUUCGCGAGGAUCAACUCGAGAACUACCCGGGUGAGCCACUACAUUACUCUACUAGUGACUAUCACCAUGUCAGCAGGCCAGCUCCAAAACCGAGCAAGAAACCCGGCACUAGCCGAGGUCAUGCUCGACGCACUUCUCAGUUCUCCAUCGUUAGUGAUGAGAAUCAUAAGAGGGAAGUCUAUUACAAACAUCCAGCUACUGCCGCAAGCAAGGUCACACAGGGCAGCUAUGAUCCUUUUCGCGCUUCAAGGACGCCACUUGCAGAUUAUAGCUACAAUUCUGGCACUGUCGUGCGCCGUCGGCCUACCACCACCGCUGGCCGGUCGAUGAGCUCGACUGGAAGUUUGAGGCACCCUGCCGCUGGCCGGUUCCCAGAAGAUAUUCCAGCGAUUCCCAGCUUCACGUCCGAGGAACUGGAGAAGCUCGUGCAGAAGAAGCAUGCGUCGUACUCGACGGCUACUUCUAGAAGCUCGCUGUCGAGCAUGAGACGUCGUCCAGGCAUUAGAAAGUCCAUAAGUUAUAAGCGUCAAGUCAGUUUCCAACACAAUCGACGCCAAGGCUCAAAUGGAAAUGUGAAUCGUCGACUGUUUUAUGAAAGUGGCUCAACGGAUCGCCCUCCAACCCGGAGCACCAUCGACCCGAUCUCCGAGACUCAGAGUACACCUAGCCUUCCCACACCACCCCAAGUAUGUCGACCACGAAAGUCCAGUUCGGAAUUCGAUGUCAAGAACGCUCGCGUCGCAAGCUAUUACUGGAAGGAUGACACUCGCAAGGUCAGUGCGGAGCUGGGUAAAAUAUGUGAAGAGGCUUUCAAUCGUUCUUCAAUUUCAACCGCUAGCGAGGCAAGCCCGGUCCAACCUCUGCAGUCAUCGAUUACAUCAGUCUCAGCCCAUAACCACAAAGCCCCUCCUAGCAUCCGAGAUAGACCGCUCCCUGCCACUCCAGUUCUGCAGGAGUUGUUGGAGCGACGACAGAAGAUCAUAGACACCUGGGGCGACGCUGACCAGACCGUACUUGCUGACAUGCUCGCUGCUCUCGAUAAGCGAAUUGAUACUGAGCUCGACAAGCAGAGAGGCUAUGAGAAGCGAGCUGCAUCCGACCCAACCUCUGCAAAUGUCACGACUCGCCAGUAUCGUCCAGUAUCGCCCGCCGGCACCAUGGAUGAUCUGAAGUACGGCCGAAACGGCAAUACUCGUGCCGUAUCUGACCCCGUGCAGUCCCAUACACCUCAGGCUGGGAAGGGCAAUACCAUCCGACUGGUAACACCUGAUUCUGCUUCACCACUUACUCGCGUGGAGGCUUUGAGAAUUAGAAAGAAUAAAGCUGCCCCCAUCAACUCUUUGAGGGGAGGUCCGAUCGAGUCUUCACCAUUGAUGUAUGAGCGUAGUGGCUAUGAUCAACGUUUAUACUCGAGAGGUGGAUUGGACACGAUUGAUGAAAAUCCUGGUUCUCCAAAGAGAAGAGCACAUGGCACAACUUCUACGGCUGCCCGGAAAUGGUCUUGGCUCGGAAAGCGUACUUCCUUCGCGCGAGACUUACCGGACCCCUUUCAGUCAUUAGACAAUGUUGACGAGAGUUCAGAGCAACAAGGAUCUCAGAUGGUGCAUCCAAGCGACUCUACCAAUUCCUCAGGCCUUUCGAGACAGCAUGCCAGUGAUUCGGACAUGGCGGAGAUGGAACUCACCAUGGAGCGAAAGCGAAGCUGGUUCCAGAAGAUGUUCAGGAAAACUGCAAGGGGCAAGGAGAAUCUCGGGACUGUUCCAGGCCAACAUCGCAUUGUGCAAGAUUUCACAGAGGAUUCGGAGUCUCAUGAGAUAGGGAACGAUGGAAUUGCUGAGAACCACCAGCUGGGCAAGAUAGGGGUCCGCACUGGCUAUCCACCCUCCACAAGUGUUGAUGCUGCUGUUGCGGCCGCUGCUUUACGCCCGAUCGAGGUCAACCAGAAUUGGUUUGCAAAGUUUUUCCAUAUCAAACCAGCAACUCGAGUCCUCUGUCUUGUGGUAACCAAAGCCAAGGCUAGGAAAGAGCUCUUCAAGGUUCUGAGAGGGUGGCAUCAAUAUGGAGUAAGGGAUGUCGUUGCCGGACGACGACCUGGAGGUGAUGUCAUUCGAGGUCGUGUUGACACAGAAAAUUAUCUUUCUCUCAAACCUGUCUAUUUUCAUGCAUAUGUGUAUUCAGUCCUUGAACAUGGCCGGAAAGCCAAUUUGAGCGUUAUUAAAUUCACUCAGGAGAGAGGCGCGGCGAGCACCUUUACCAAGAUCGUCGAGACUCUUGAAACGAAUUUCCGCAAGCGCGAUCUCUUGAUGAUCGACCCAGUCCGAAAGAGGGGAAUUGAGAAGUCUUUGAAGGAGGCUGGUUUGUGA